UCACGUAAGUACAUCGUCAGCUUCACACACUCCCUCGAGCCGCGAAGCAUCGGCCGAGAUGCAUCUCCGCUGGAAUCGAAUCCGAUUCAGCGGGACACGUCGGCCGCUUCACAGGACUCGGAGCCUGCGCAAGAGAUGCGCUACAUCCCUCGCGCAGGCGUUCAGUGUCUAUAUGAAACGUUUUUGCGUCUCUGGAACUCCGAUGCGUCCGCCAGAUGCCGAGAGAGCGGCUGUUCUCCUCACUGGCUGUGGUCUUGCACAGCAGACACACCGAUAUCCCGAAAAGCAGGGCCCAUCCAAGGCCUGUCGCAUGCUUGUCUGUGCCGACUGUCGGCCUCGAUACGUGGAGCAGUCCUGGGGCAGUCUCGACUCGGUGGCCCGGGAACCGUAUGUCCCCUGCCUAAGAUCCCAGAGUACCAGGACCGGCCAAUCUCCGAUGCUUCCUUGUUGCGUGAAAUGCAUGAGCAUUUCCCACAUUGGGAUUGGUCCCCUGCAUUCGAGGCGUGGUGGUGGGCAGCCCGGAUCAACAGUGGGUAUGAUCUUUUACCUCUGCUUCUGGUUGCUGAGUUGCUGGCAGCGCAUCAGGACGAUCUCAUCGAACUGGUCCAUCAAAAUGUGAGUGGGCUCAACAUCACCUUUGAGCGAGAACGUCGAUGGUCAAGGGUGGAAGGCGAUCUGAUCAUCCCGUCAUGGAUGAGCGUGAGGGCGUAUGGGAUGACGUGUUUGCGAGGUACAUAUACCCAGACCGUUGAUGCACGCUUUCAAAGUAUAUCCAAUGUUCAUGAUUUCAACGCUUCACGCCAGAGGGAGAUAGGGUAA